UUUUUUUUUAAAAAAAAUGUCCGCCGGUACGACUGCACCCUUCACCCGCGAGACCGCCCGCUGCAUGGGUCCCUACACCCUCUCGGAAGAACCCACGGGCCUAUACAUGACCGCCGUCGAAUUCUCAGACAUCCCAGAAAUGGUCCGCCUCCUCAACAUCAACCAAGACGUCUACAACGGCUCUGCGCUUUUCCAGUAUCCAUACCUCGACACCCACGCCCGCGAUCGUAUUCAGCGUGCACACGAUAUCCUUACCCGCACGGGGAUCAACACUCAUUUUGCCCUCCGCCUCUCUCCCACGACCUCCUCCCCUCUGAUCGGAUGGGCACAUCUACAUUUCGAACACUAUAACCCUCCUCAACAUCUUCCACCGGUGCACCCCGAGACAGGAAGGCCCUUGAGGGUCGCAGAGAUCGGGUACUGGUUGAGUCCAGAACAUACCGGUCGAGGGUAUGCGGCCAAGAUGGCGAGGUAUCUCGUGCACGAGAUCGCGUUUGGGGAGGAAUCGAACGAAGGGAUGGGGUGUGAUAUCGUACGAGCGGUUUCCUAUGUCGAGAACAUGGCCUCGAGGAAAGUUGCGGAAAGGGCCGGGAUGGAGCUCGAGUUGGAGACUAGAGCGAUUUGGAUACCCAAGUUACAGACCAUGCGGAAUGUGUGCUGCUAUGCAGUGCACAAGGAUCCGGCCACCAAGAGCAUCGUCAAAGAGAAUUAUGACUAUUAGAACCAUCGGAGUCAUUAGAGCCAUUAGAGCCAUUAGAACCACUAGAGCUAUUAAAGGACAGCCCUUCUUUCUUCGCAC